AGAAUUGAAGACAAGAUGGCGACCGAACGGGAGAAAGAAGCUUCUGCUUACCUGGAAAAACACAAAAUCUUCGACCUCAUGAAAAACCUCACCAGCAUGCUCUUUUUUUACCGACCAGAUGAUCCCAAAGAGUUUCUCAUUGAGAAACUGAAACAACUAAAAGAAGCUCGAGAUAACGGCCAAGAAGCGCCCAGUCUCCUCAGCCCUUCCAACCUGGAUGCAGUGUUUGGUCUAGUGGACCCAGCCAAUCUAAGACAUGUCACGUUUACACAAUACAAACAGGCUCUGAUCUCACUGGGCAUGAAAGACAUCAAUGAAUGUCCUGAUGGUGUAAACGAAGACAAAAUAUCCUAUGAUACUUUCAUAACAGAAGGGAUGAUAAGCUUGCAGAAAGGCUCAUCGACAUACAAACAACCCUAAAUAUUUAUUUUUACUCCUAAAAUUUUCACCGGAGAAUCAAUGGCCGCUUCCCGGUGGGCGUGGCCAAACGGAAUACCGGAAGUGACAUGGCUGCCUCCUUGCGUGAAGCCCUUUCUCCUAUCUCCGCUUGUUAGUCUUGGCUGUUUGCUUUUUGCGUUUCUC